CAUCCAGCAUGCAGGCUCUGCCUCAGCCCCCGGAACUGGGCAGCAUGCAGCUGCAAACCCUGGCACCGCCUCCCCCAACAGGGGGUGAGGAGCAGCCCCUGCCUUGCUCCUCAGCACUUCCGGGCACAGUGGGUUCCGGGCCAGAGGUGUCAGGCAUGCAGGAGAGCCAGGACCUGCUGGUGGUGCAGAGCGGGCCAGGGGAGGAGCUGCUGGGGUCGGGUGGCGAGGUAGGUGUGCACCUGGAGACACUUCAGACAGAGGAGGGGGUGCAGAGCGUGCUGGUGCUGCGUGGCGCUGACGGUGAGCAGACCCGACUCUGCGUGCAGGAGGUGGAGAACCUGCAGGAACUGCCCGCAGACAGUGGGGUGGGGGGCCUGGCACCAUCCUCAGGGCAGAAGCUCUUCAUCAUUCGCAGCGCGCCCGGUGAGCAAACCCUGCAAGUGCUGGAGAAUGUGGGCUCUGGCAGUGGCAUGGUGCGGGGGGUGGCACCUGGUGGGCAGCCCUCCACCACCAGCACCCAGAUGGUACAGUUGCUGCCAAGCCCAGUGCCACCCCCACAGGAACUGUCCUCCAUCCAGAUCGUGCAAACGGUGCCCAGCGUGCAGCUGGUUCACACCUUCUGAGCCGCUGGCCACAGACGCCAGCCGGAGGGUGUGCAGCUUGGGUUGGCAUCACAGAAUCUGCCAGAGCUCUUACUCCCAGUGGGCGUCCCCCACCCCCAUUGUCCUGCCCAUGCAGCCUGGAGACAGCGGGAUGCCCCCACAUGACGACCAUCAUGGGCAGCAAGCUGUGGGUCUCGUGCAGGCAGCCUAACUCUGCUUCACCCUCGCUGUCCUGGCUGUAGCCUCGUGGGGUGCAGGGCUGGUGACUGUGCCGCAGUCAAAGCCACACUGGCAUCAGCUGUGCUGGGACAGGAUUGCCCAGCAGCGCUGUGAUCUAGGAAGGGCAGGGCCUGGCACAAAAGGAGCCCUUUGCCCACCCCUUGGCAGGCUCAGCGUAGUGAGCUGAGCAGGGCCCUCAUCCAUUGCCAUUUCCUGACACUCCCCCAUGUCAGGCCUAAGGACAGUGACAGAUACUCCUGUCUGCUAGUUAAAGCACAGGCCUGGGAGCCAGGAUUCCUGGGUUCCGUCCCUGGCUCUGGGAGGGGAGUGGGGUCUAGUGGUUUAAGUGUAUGUGGGAAGGGCAGGAGGGGGAAUGGUUUGGGAACUAGGACUCCUGGUUUCUCUUGGGGGCUGGGUGACCCUGAGCAAGUCCCUCCCUGGCUGUGGCGUUUUCACUGCUGGGGGUUGGGGCCAGCACUCAGGGUUGGGAGGCCGAGUGCAUGAAUAAAAGUCGGGACUCUGCAAUCACCAGGUGAGGGGAGCAGCUGGCACUUGCCACUCCACGGGGUGAGGGGUUCCCAUGGCUCUGGCAGACAGAAGACUGGCAUGAGAGCAACUACCACCUCCUGUACCCCUGUCCUGGCAACCAGGUAAUACCUGCUUCGUGAAGCCCUGGCCGCCUCUGUAGGCAGAGCACCCCCAGUCUCUUCCAGAGCCCACUGUGUAUGAUGGUGCCUGGCGCUGUCCCAGGGGGUGUGGCUCCUUCAGUCUAGAAGGCAAAUAAAUGACUGCUUCAAAAGCG